AGGGUGGGGUAAAAGAAGUUUUUGAGUAUUUACUUUGGGGUCAUUAUUGUUUCACUAAACCCUAGAAAAGCCACACGAAUUCCAACCUUUGUAACCCAGAACCUUGAUGUUAUAAAUUCCCCACAUUUCCCAAUAACCCCAAAUCCUCAAAGUACCAACGUACCAACCGUUUUAGUAGUAUUUAUUAUUGGAAGAAGAAGAAGCCUAUAAUUUUUCUCUAAGGAAAAAAAUUGGCCUUUUGAUUGUGAUUCCUUGGAGGACACACAUAACAUUGUGGCUUUCAAAUUGGAAAAAGGGGGCUGAUUUUUGCAAUUUUUUUAUCUCUGGAAAAUUUUGGGUGGCUGCAAAUAAUUACAAAGGUGUUGGCUUUGGUGGAUUACAGGGUUGCAAAGGAAUUGAGUUUCUAGAAAUGUGAGGUUUAUGUUUCUGCUUAUCUUAGUUUUGACUUGUCAAGGUUAAGGUUGACACAAGGAGUUCUGGGUAUUUGGUUUUGGGGUUAAUAGUUUCUGGAAUGUCUGAGAAUAUUUGAUUUUUUUUCUCUUUUGUUAAUCAUUCAUCGAAGUUUCUUUUAGUUGACAAUAGAAAGAAAGAUAUUUGGGAAUAUUGAAUUCUUGUCACCUGGAAACUCAGAGAUAUAUAAGAUUAUAAUCUGCAUCCACAAUUGAGCAAGUUGUCUGUGUAUGGGUUUCUGGAAACAGGCACAUGCUUGUAAAUUUGUGGAAAUGUGAAAUUGCAACAAGUUUGUGUGAUCAGGAGAGAGUUGCUUCAACUUGAUUGUAUUGCAGGUUAUCAAGCUCAUAACGAUCCUUUACUGGUUGUUUGUGUGUUCUGGAGCCUGAUAAUAAGAAUUUCUGCUCUCAUUAGAUGCUCUGCUUCGGCGAUUUAGUUUAGGGGUUGUGAUUUUCGUUUUGUUUAAACCUAUCAUGGAUGAAGCUACGUGCAGCACGAAUGCGCUGCCUCCUUUUCUUACAAAGACAUAUGAAAUGGUGGAUGAUCCAUCCUCUGAUGCCAUCGUUUCCUGGAGUUCGAGUAAUAAAAGCUUCAUUGUGUGGAAUCCUCCAGAUUUUGCAAGGGAUUUGUUGCCUAGAUACUUCAAGCACAAUAACUUUUCCAGCUUCAUCAGACAGCUAAACACUUAUGGAUUCAGGAAAGUUGACCCUGAAAAAUGGGAAUUCGCUAAUGAAGAUAAUUUUGUUAGAGGUCAGCCACACCUUUUGAAGAAUAUCCAUAGACGUAAACCAGUUCAUAGUCAUUCUGCACAGAAUCUUCAUGGUCUGUCGUCUCCAUUAACUGAAUCUGAAAGACAAGGGUAUAAGGAAGAUAUUCAAAAGCUGAAGCAUGAGAAUGAGUCACUUCACUUGGACCUACAAAGACAUCAGCAGGAUCGCCAAGGACUUGAAUUGCAAAUGCAGGUUUUCACUGAACGUGUUCAACACGUGGAACAUCGUCAAAAGACCAUGCUCUCUGCUUUAGCUCGAAUGUUAGAUAAACCAGUAACAGAUUUGAGUUGCAUGCCACAACUUCAAGUGAAUGACAGAAAAAGAAGGUUGCCAGGAAACAGCUGCCUUUUUAACGAAACUGACCUGGAAGAUACUCGAGCGAUUUCAUCAAGGGCUUUGACUUGGGAAAACAUGAAUCCAUCCUCUCUUCUUACAAUCAACGCAGAACUGUUAGAUCAGUUGGACUCUUCUUUGACCUUUUGGGAGAAUGUGCUACAAGAUGUUGAUCAAGCUCGGAUACAGCAGAAUUGUUCAUUAGAGUUGGAUGAAUCUACAAGUUGUGCAGAUAGCCCUGCUAUAUCUUACACACAACUAAAUGUUGAUGUUGGGCCUAAGGCUUCUGAUAUUGACAUGAAUUCUGAGCCUAAUGCAAACACUAAUCCUGAGGUUGCGGCACCAGAAGACCAAGCAGCAGUGGCAGGUACAACUACCAAUGUCCCAACAGGGGUAAAUGAUGUAUUUUGGGAACAAUUCCUAACUGAGAAUCCUGGUUCAGUUGAUGCGUCUGAAGUACAGUCGGAAAGGAAAGAUAUUGGCAACAAAAAGAAUGAAAGUAAACCAGUAGACGGUGGAAAAUUUUGGUGGAACAUGAAGAGUGUAAAUAGCUUGGCAGAACAGUUGGGACAUCUUACUCCAGCAGAGAAAACUUAAUUUGGUAGGUUAUAUGAUAAAUGUUUUAUUCAUGGUGUUGGCCUUCUGGCUUGUUGUAUAUCUAGAGUAUAAGCUGCUUUAUCAGGGGUAGAUAAACGUGUUGAUAUAUAAGUUGUUUUUGUACUUGCUGUGCAUUGCAUAAUAUGAGGGAAAUAUGGAACUUCUGAAAAUUCUCUAGCACGACUUCCUUGUUUUAUGUUGCUUAUGUUCUUAUUAGCCUUGUUCAUUGUACUUCCUUUUGGAUAUAGUAAUUUCUCUUUGUAUUAUUUGUUGUAAA